AUGGGGUGGGAUGGGGAGGAGAGGGAGGAGGGCGAGAACAGGGGAGGGGGGUACGAGGGGUUUGAGGACCAGGGGGUGAGGGAGGAGAGGGUGGAGAGGGGUGACGUGGGGGUUGGAAGGGAAAGAGAUGCGGUUGGGAGUGGUGAUGAUCGUAUUGAUGAGGAGGAGGAUGGGGAGAUGGGCGGUGGGGCAUGGGAGGAGAAAGAGGGGAUGGCGGUGGGGGGAGAGGAGGGGGAGAUUGAGGAAGGGGAGUUUGAUGGAGGCGGGGGGAGUGACUUUAAGGAGCGUGAUAGUAAGGAGCGGGAACGUGAUAGGGAUGAGCGUGAUAGGGAUGAGCGUGAUAGUAAGGAGCGUGAUAAUGCGGAGAAGAAUUGGAUGGAUGACCUAAACGAGUUGGAAGAGGAGCAAGAGCCGCAGGAGAGGGCUAGGGUGAUAGAAACGGGGGUUGGCAACGGGGAGGCGGAGGGAAUAGGAGGAAAUGAGAUAAAGACGAAGGGGGAGGCAGGCAGGGGAGAGCGAGUGAGAGAGAGGGAGGGGGAGGAGGAUAAGGAGGAGGAGGGGGAGGAGGAGGAGAGGGUGGAUUGGGGGGAGGGAGAGAGCGAAGACGAGGGAGAGCAGGGUUAUUGGGGCAAUGAGCGAGAGAGAGAAGGAGAAGAAGGAAAUAGAGAUCCUGGAAAGAUGGGAGGAUCAGAGGGGGAGGAGAGGCGGGAAUUGGGUGGCGUGAAGGACGACAUGAGGAGGGGAAGAGAUAGUGGGGGAGGGGACGAGAGUGCGGCGAGUGAGGACGCUAGAAUUAGGAAGAUUCCAGCAGGGGUAGCAGGAGAGGAUGAAAGGUAUGGGGAAGGGAAAGGUGCAGAGAGGAACGGGGAAAGAGACAGGACUAGAGUCAGAGACAGAGACAGUGACGUGCUCAUUGCGAGUAGGGCAGGAGGAGAGAGGGGUUCGAACCACGAUGGUUUAGCUUAUGAGGCACCUCAGAAAGCGAGUGGAGCAGGAGGAGAGAGAGGGCAGGGUCAUGGCAGUGCAAGCGGGAAAGAGGAGCAGCAGAGGGCUGACUUGGAACAACAAGGCUUUACACCUGCAGGCCAGGGGGAACUCCCAACACAAGACUCGAAAGAAGUUUCUCUUGAGAAGGGAGGACGGGAGGUCAUUGCAGGUGUGGCUGCCGAACAGAGGUCUGCAGAGGCUGGGAGGAGGAAGAGCGGGAGCAGUAGCAGCAGCAGUAGCAGUGAGGAAUCAUCGGAGAUGUCUUUGUCUGCGUCUGAUUUGAGUGAUAGCGAGGCGAGUGAGGAGGGGGAGGAGACGUGGAGGAGGGGGAGGGCUAUGGAGAGGCGUGAGGUGAGAGGUGAGGGGAGGGGUGAGGGGAGGGAUGAGGGGAACGAUAAGGGUGCUGGUGAAAGGGGUGGUGGGACAGGAAUGGGUGUACGACGAGGGUCCAGAGGAGAUGUAAAGGAGUUGUGUUUUGAGUCGAUCCAAAACACGACAGGAAUGGGAAUACGGCAGGGCUCCAGAGGAGAUUUGAAUGAGUUAGAGCGAGGGGAGGGAGAGGAGGGUGGAAAAAGAGGGAAGAGAGAGGAGAGAGAGAGGAGAGAGGGUAGAGAGGGGAGAGAGGAGGUAGAGGAGAGACGGAAGGGAGAGGCAGGGGAAGUGAGAGAGGAGGCCGAGAGGGUUGGUGCAAGGGCGGUUGGGGGCAUGGGCGUUAGGAGAGGCUCAAUAGGGGAUCUGAGGGAGGGGGGAGGAGGAGAGGGAGGAGAGGGAGGAAGGAGAAAAGAGGUAGGGAAGAUAGGGAAGGAAGAGGAGGGUGAAAGGGGUGGGUUGCGAGGGAAAGGCAUGGGUGUGAGGCGGGGGUCACAAAGAGACUUGCAGCAAUUGGAACGGGAAGAGGAGGAGCUGCAUGAGGGGCAGGGGAGCGGAGGAAGGGAGGGAGGGAGGGAAAGGAGAGAAGUGCACAGGGGGGACGGGGAGAAGGAGAGAGGAGAGAGGGAGAAGGUGAGGGAGAGGGAGAGGGAGAAGGGGAGGGAGAAGGAGAAGGAGAAGGAGAAGGAGAGGGAGAAGGAGAAGGAGAGGGAGAGGGGGGGAGAGAAGGAGAGGGGGCAUGAGAGGGGUAGAGAAAAUGAGAGGAGGCGUGACAAGGAGGGGGGGAGGGAGAAGGGGCAUGAGAAGGAAAGAGAAAGGGAGGAGAGAGAUGAUAAGGGGGAUGAGUUGAGGAGGCGGGAGAGGGAAAGGAGGGAGAAGGAUGGAGGGAAAGGAGGGGAGAGGAGGGAGGAGAGGGAAAGCGGAAAAGGCCACGAGAAGGAAAGGGAGCGAGAAAAAGAAAGGUUGAAGGAGAAGGAGAAAGAGAGGGAGAGAGAGGGACCAAAAGGGGAAGCAAAAGAAAGGAGAGACAGAGAGAGAGAAGUAAGGGGACGAAGUAGUGAUAAGGAAAAGGCGUCAAUGGUUGGAGGUGAGGAGACAAGGGAUCGUGGGGACGGGCGUGGGAAGGAACGCGAAAGUAGGCACAGGGAUGGGCAGAAGGAUGGGGAGAAGGAAACAGAUAGGCAUGGUCGUGACAAGGCAGGUGGUAGGAAGAGGGAGAGAGAGGAUGAGGGGGAGGAGGGGAGGGAGAAAGGGAGGCAUAAGGUUGGGCAUCGAGAGAGUGGGCAGGAUGGUCGUGAGGGGAAGAGGGAGGAGGAGAAGGGACGGAAGAGGAAGGAGGAGAAGGAUAGGGAUAGGGGAGAGCAUGGGAGGGAAGGGAGAGAGGAGGAGAGGAGGGUGAAAGAAGAUCGAGGAAAGGAAGAGAAAGGGAGGGAAGAGGGGGAGCGAGAUGAGAGAGGGAGGAGGGGGAUGGGUAGGGAUGAGAGAGGAGGAGAAGAGAGAGGGAGGGAGGCGAAGAGGAGGGAGGGGAGAGUGAGAAGGGAUGGUUCAGAGGAGGAUCAUGGUGGGUCAGAGGGGGUGGAAGGGAGAGGACAGAAGGAGGGGAGAGGGGAUGAGAGGGGCAGUGGGGAUGGGAGGGGAAGUGGGGACGGGAGGGGCAGGGGCGGCAGCAGCGAGUUUCAGAAGCCUUCUUUUCGAAAGGCAGGAGAACAGGAGAGGAGAGGGGAGGAGAGGCGAGGAGAGGACACAGGAGAUGAGGACGAGCGGAGGGACGAGGAAGGGGAGAUGAGAAGAGGGGGGCCUGUGGGUGGGAGAGGCAGGAGCUUUUUGAGAGAUCAAGGGGGGGAUGGGAGACCUGGCGAGGAGUGGGCAGAGGGGAGGGCUGGUGAAGGGAGGAGCCGUGAGGGGUGGAAGGGGGAUGGGGCAAGGAGGCCCGGGGAUGGGUGGAAGGGGGAUGAAACCCGGAGGCCUGGGGAGGAGUGGCAAGGGGAGGGAACAUGGAGGGCUGGGGAUGGGGCUAUGACGGGGAGGGGGCGAGGCAGGGAGUGGGGCGUGGGGAGGGGCGGGAUGGGCAGGGGAAUGGGGAGGGGGGGCAUGGAUGGGGAAAUGGGCAGGGGAAUGGGGAGGGGGGGUAUGAACGACUUGGGGAGGGGAAUGGGAAGAGGCAUGGGUAGGGAUGGGGGUAGGGGGGGGGGUGGUAUGGAUGGGGAGAUGGGCAGAGGCAUGGGUAGGGGCAUGGGUAGAGGUAUGGCAAGAGGCAUGGGUUAUGAUGGAGGGAGGGAGGGGGGGGAUGCGCGGAGUGGGGAUGUGAGAAGUGGGGGAUUGAGGCCUGGAGAUGACAAGAGCAGCAGUGCCCUUGCGGAAGGAGGACAAGGAACAGGGUUAUUGAGCAAGGGGAAUAGAAGUGCGGUAGAGGAGGAAUUGGAAGCUAGGAAGAGAGAGAGGAUGAGGCUAAUUGCUGAGCUGGCACGGAGAGAGAGAGAGGCGGGGGAGGGAGGGGCGGAGUGGGGGGAGGGGGAAGAGGAGGACGGGGAGGGGGAGGGGGGUAAGAAGAGAGGUCGGAGGGAGGAUGGAGAGGAAUUGGAGGAAGGAGAGGAGAGGAAGAGAGUAGGGGGAAGUGUAAAGAGGAGCAGGUGGGGAGAUGAUGAAGUGGGAGAUAUGGAAGAAGGGAUGGAAGGGAAGGGAAAGGGGGAUGAAGGGAGAAAGGGGAGAGCAAGGGGGGGAGAGGAGGAGAUGAGUGGCGGAGAGGGAGAGAAGGAAGGGUGGAGAGAGGAAGGUGAGGUGGGGGAUAUGGCGGCAGGGCAUGGGGAGGAGGAAGGGGGGAAGGAGGAGGAGGGAAGGGAGCGAACGGAGGGAGUGGGUGGUUCGAAAUGGGGUAGCAGAUGGUUGGAUGAAGAGGAGGAGGAGGAGGGAGCAGGGGAAGGAGCAGGAGAGGGAGCAGAUGAGGAGGGUAGAGCGAGGGUUAAUACCCCGGAUGAGGAGGGUAGAAUGAGGGUUAGUACCCCGGAUGAGGAGGGUAGAACGGGGGAUAAUACCCCUAAUGAUAGGGGUGGAAGGAGAGACGGGGGGGCUAAUACUAUGGAGGGGGAGGGGGAGGGGGAGGGGGAGGGAGAUGAGGAGGGGAACGGGAAGGGGAAGGGAAAAGGGGAGGAGCAGGAGGGAGGUAGGAGCAAGAGGAGGUGGAGGGAGGGUGGUGAUAGUGAAGAGGUUGGCAGUAGAGGGGGUGAGAGUGUGAAGGAAGGAGAAGGUGGGGGAGGUAUCGAAGAGGGGAGGAAGAAGGCAGAGAGGGAGGCUGAUGGUGAGGGUAAGGACGAGGAUGAGGGUGAUGUGGAUAGAAAAGGAGAUAACGAAGGGAUUGAUGAUCGAAGGAGGGAUGAUAAGUUCCGGGAGAGCUCCACGUCUCCUCUUCCCUAUGAUCCAUCGUUGUCAGAAGCAGGAGCAGCAGAAGCAGCAGCAGAAGCAGCAGCCGAUGCAGCAGCGGUGAAAGCCAUAUUCGGCGGCUGUCGCAGUGUGGACUCUUUUGAACGGCUCGACGUGCUCGGGGAGGGCGUGUACGGUGUGGUGCAUCGCGCUCGGGACAAAGAAACCGGGGAGAUUUAUGCUCUCAAACGAGUCAAGAUGGAGAAGGAGCGAGAGGGUUUCCCGCUGACGUCGCUCCGGGAGAUUAAUAUACUAUUGUCUCUAGACCACCCGGCGAUCGUGGGGGUGAAGGAGAUGGUAGUUAAUUCAUCCAUGGAUCGGGUUUUCAUGGUGAUGGAAUAUGUAGAGCAUGACUUAAAGGUGCUUUUAGACGCAAUGCCAAGGCCCUUCGGGCAGGCGGAGGUGAAGUGUUUAGUGAAGCAGCUUCUAGAGGGGAUAAGCUACAUGCAUGCGAAUUGGGUGCUGCAUCGGGAUCUGAAGACGUCGAAUCUGCUCAUGAACAACGCGGGGGGGAUCAAGAUAUGCGAUUUUGGCCUGGCGAGACAAUAUGGGGAUCCGCUUCGGCCGUACACUCAGCCCGUGGUUACCCUGUGGUACAGAGCACCUGAGCUGCUGCUGGGCCAAAAGGAGUAUUCCACGGCCAUCGACGUGUGGUCCAUGGGAUGCAUCAUGGCCGAAAUAAUGACCAAGAAACCACUCUUCAAAGGAGAAUCCGAAAUAGAGCAGCUGCAAAAGAUCUUCUCGCUCCUCGGCACCCCCACUGACGACACCUGGCGAGGGUUUUCGGAGCUGCCCGCGUGCAAAAAGGGAGCCCGGUUUCCGUCUUUCACGGUGAAUCGGCUGAGGGAGCUGUUUCCGGCGAUUUCGAUUGGCGGGAAGCCGACGCUGUCAGAGGCGGGGUUUGAUUUGCUGUCGCGGAUGCUCGCGUGCGAUCCCAGCCGUCGGAUCAGUGCUGCGGAUGCGGCGAAUCACGCGUGGUUUAGGGAGGAGCCGCUGCCGAAGGCGCAGCAAGACAUGCCCGAGUUUCCGAUCUUGAACGAGAAAGAACGCCGGCGCCGAAGGUCUUUCCGGAGCCCUGACCCUCUGAAGGAGCUGCAGCGGCAGGAGAAGAUGCGAGAAAAGACAGGACACACUGGCCUGUUUUCAUGA